AUGAAGUAUGAACGCGCAGCACUCCCGACGCCCACGUCCACCAGCUCCUUUUGGCAUAGCGAACCGAAUGCAUUCCUCCUAGGCCAUCGGACGACGGAUGAACUGCCAACCGAAGCCGAUAUUGUCGUUGUAGGGAGUGGGAUUACGGGGAGCUCUGUGGCGAGGUUUCUGGCUGAGGACGAGAGGGCGAAGGGGAAGAGGGUAGUCAUGCUGGAGGCGAGAGAGGCGUGUUGGGGGGCUACUGGGAGGAACGGCGGCCACUGCCAGCCACUCCUCUUCGACCGCGCCGCCGAUGUAGCGGACUUCGAACUCAAGAACGUUGCGGCCGUGAGAUCGUACAUCGAAACUCACAACGUUCCCUGUGAAUGGCGCAGCGUCUCCGGUUGCCGCACCUUUUGGUCUGAUAAGCUUAUGGCGGAAGCGGAACGAGAAGUCACAUAUCUCAACAAGAUCGCGCCGGAUAUCGGACAGAGAGUGACAAUAAUCAAAGACAAGGAGGCAUUGAAGGAACACUGCGUGAGCCCAGAUUGUGUUGGAGCGACUAUCACCCAAGGAGCCGGGAGCUUAUGGCCGUACAAACUAGUAACCUUCGUUCUUGAAAAGCUCGUCAAGGACGGCAAGCUGAACCUUCAAACCAAGACACCUGUGACACAAAUUACCUCGUCAGACUCCAAGCACACCCUCCACACCUCUCGUGGUACAAUCGAAGCAAAGACCGUCAUCCUCGCAACAAAUGGCUACACCUCCGCUCUCAUCCCCCAAUUCGCCGACCUAAUCGUUCCAGUGCGUGCCGAAAUGUCUGCUCUCCUUCCACCCAAGAACUCCACUAUUCUUCCUGAUUCGUACGGCAUGGUUGGAGCUCUAAGCCAGCCUGAUAAUAAUGACGACUACCUUAUCCAACGUCCCUACCAUUCCGUCCCAAACCCUGCCGGCCAUCUCAUGUUCGGCGGCGGCCGCGCAUCCGGCAUCCUCCCUACCGUCGGCAUCUCCGAUGAUAGCGUGAUCGACGAAGGAUCAGCCGCGUAUCUCCGCAGCGCUCUCCUCAAAGUCCUUUCUCUCUCCGGAGAAACCCAGGGCCUAAAGGAACUGGAAGCAGUUGCCCAAUGGACGGGCAUUAUGGGCUAUUCCCGCGACAAUCAUCCAUGGGUAGGCAAGGUGCCGGAUAAAGAGGGGCUGUGGCUUUGUGCGGGAUACACAGGACAUGGGAUGCCUAACGGAACCCUGUGCGGAAAGGCGGUGGUGGAUAUGGUGCUUGGGGAAGAGGCUGGGGAGGAUGUUAUUCAGCGACAGGAACAGAUGGUCAAGGGUGGGGAGCUGCCGAAGAGCUAUGUCAUUAGUAAGGAGAGAAUUGCGAAGGCGAGGAUGUGGCCCACAGUUGAGGUUCAAGACCGAGAAGGGAUUUCUGCGACUAGUAGAGUGUAG